AUGUUCUGCACAAGCCUUCGUCGACGUUCUUCUGCUGCACCUCUCAUCUCAACGUUGACACUGCCCACUCCCGCGGGUCUGCAGCUCAUAGAAUCUGACCUCCGCACCCACGACAUUGCCAUCCCAAUUUCCAAUUCCAAGCGUCUGCUCUUUCUCAUCGUCACUCCGCCUUGCGUCAUCAGCACUUCUCUCCUCGACACACUCAAGCGCAUAGAACAUUUCGCCAGUCUCACGGGUGGGAAGAAUUGCGCAGUCCUCUGCAUGCUCUCAACAUCUUCCACCAAAGACAACACCGAAGCUUCAAGCUCGACCACGGCAGCGCUCGCUGCAUACGCACACCUAACUUCAACAUUGCUGUUCGGUGCGCCUCGGUCUCAAGGCGAGCCCUCAGCAUCCUUUACGCCACUUGUACAUCUCCCUAUACUUCCCGUGCCUUUGGCAUCGUCCAUUCCGGACAUCGUUCGUGCGUAUCGGCAAAUCGUCACCGCACCACUCCCUAACCCGAGCACCUACUCGGAGCCUAACACGCCUCCGUCAGCUUCAAGACCCGGCAAGCGCAAGCCCACACACGCAUUUGAGCUCUUGCCCUACUGCACUGUCACGCCACCGCUCGCUGAAGACGCGGCGAUUGCUCUGACGGACGCAUAUGUCGACUUGAAGGAUCUCAUACACGGUGCUAUGAGUACUGCUGAGGAGGACUCCACUAGCGAGAGUAUGCAAGGGAUAACGGGCAGAUUGGAGGAAGUCCUUGGGGCGCAAGGGGCGCAAGAUGUGAGAGAUUUCUGGCGUGAGGAGUGGGUUGCGGAGUGA